AUGCUAGCUGGGCUGCCGCUCAGAAAGCCUCGCAGCCGUGCAAAGGCCGGACCGGCUUUCGUGUUCGUGGAAACCAGCGGCGUUCCUUCGACUGGACUUGGAAAGAAUGAGGCAAAGACUAUCGUCCGGCAGCAGGCUGCAAGAGCGGGCCGCACCCGUCGCCAAGGUCAAACUGCGAGUCAGGAAACCAUCGGCACCUUGCCGAAUUCUCAAGCGCUGAUCCCCAAAAGAGGCAACGCUCGAGGCACACCUGAGGCUGCCGAAAGGAGGGACGGCAUGUGGAGGGGGAAUCCCAGGCGUAACGUCCCAAGCCUUGGUCUUAUCAUGCCACAGCCCGUGUCCAGUGAAUACGAGACGUUCAGGGCCAAGUAUAAUUUCGAUGUGACGGAUCUGACCAGUUUCACGGAUGUGGACCUCGCAACAAAUGCUUGCCGUCUACUGCGAGAUGAACCACAUCGCCUCGCCAGCCUCCUUCAGAAACGGCACUCCUCAUUCUUGGCUGAACUGCCAAGCCGCUAUGGCGCCUCCAGCACCUGUCUGGAUGAUGCUAUGCAUUGUGUUGCUGCAAAGGCUGGCCAGAUGCUUGGCUUCCCGAUGCCCAAAUCCACGCCCUCUGUUCUCUAUGGAAGGGCAUUGAGAAGCCUGCAGGCUGCCCUCUGGGACAUAGAGGAGAUGCACAGGAAUGAACCGUCAAUGUUCGCAUCUCAGGAGUGGCAGAGGGCCUUUCAGCGCGCCUCUGGUCUCCAGUCGGACACAGACUGCCGGCUCUGGUGGAAGCUCUUUGCAACAACGGCCUUCCUGCCUGGUAUACUGAAGGAUCUACGAAGCCUCCUGGAAGAGGCACCACAUCGAUGCGACUACUCUACAAGAAUUUCGGCUAUCUAUGAGCAGGCGAAUAGUAUGCAUGACGUGUUGCACAAUGACCACGUUAUGUAUCAGCAUGCAGCACCACACCCGCAGUCCCUCUUCGGCCUUCCAACCUCAGCUGAGUCACCCGAUCGCAUCCGGCUUCGCGUGUUCUUUAUAUAUACUAUGAUGUAUGUAUGCCGUGUCUUGGCGACUCUCUCGCCGAGCGAGCUGGAGAGAGCCACGAGUGAGGUGGAAGCACAGACGUUCGCAAGCCAGGCGUUGCUCAUCGAGGAGGUGACAACUGAGCUGGAUCCAGCAAUGGCCUGGCAUGUGCAGCAGAGGAAUAGCUUAGCAUACUCUAUUACGCAGGAGAACGAAGAAGCGCCCAUCGAGGGCUUUGCAUUCGUACGAGAGAACGGCCACCCAUAUGGUGUGAUUCGUUCCACGGGCAACUCUGACCAGCAGUCGCUUCUUUCAGAAUAUGAGAUCUUCCGGGACGACUUGUCUCGGAUUCUCUACGACAAGACCAAGGACAACCCCAACAUCAGCUGCGUCUUUGGGGAGCAGAUUUCCUCACUGCAGCACGGUGAGAAGGACAAUGGCCCCAUCAAGGUCGGAUUCGCAACCACGAUGCCGCCCGCAGAGUACGAUCUCGUAGUUGCGUGUGAUGGCGCAACGUCCCGGACCAGAGCCCUCGGACUUGGCAUAGGCCUUCGAGACCACGCGCGACACCUCAACGUAUGGGCCGCCUAUUUCUCCACCAAACACGUCUAUUUCGACGGAUCAAAGCUUGGACACGCACACAAUGCUGCUCCUGGAAAUAAGGCGUUGAAGAAAUAUGCCAUGGAAGAAUUUGGGGGCAUGGGCUGGAUCAUGCCUCGGUUAAUGCGGGAAGAUAUGGAAGCCACGGACGACUUUUACGCCAGAGAGUGGAUUCAGGUGAACCCUCCCACCCUUCCGAAAGGUCGAUUCACCAUGGUCGGCGACGCAGGCUACGACGGCGCGCCAGGCGCGGGCACAUCUCUUGCCCUGGCGGACGGAUAUGUACUGGCUGGCGAGCUCUCGCAGAGUAAAGGCGACGUCGCCGCUGGUCUCAAGGCGUAUGAAGACCGGAUCAGGCCAAUUUUUGAGGACAUGCACAAGUUGCCGUCUGGUGGCAUGUCAUUCAUGGCACCUCAGACCCAGUGGUGGCUGGCCUUGAGAAACACCUUCUUUGCUUUCCUGGCUCGGUUUAUCCGCUGCCAGACUACAAGUGUGAUGACCGGCUUUGAGGUUGGCUGGAAGGGUUUUGCCCCUGAUGUCCAUGCGGCCUUGCUGUUCCAUGAGAAUUAG